UACGGUGUUAAGCGUCCGGACUUGUCAUGGCAGCUUCAGAUCUCUUGAGAACUGUAUUAUACACAGUUAACAAUCUCCUCCAACAACACAAAUAUAAAACUGCACUCGCUGUUGUUAAAGGCUUCAGGAAUGGAGCUGUAUAUGGUGCUAAAAUCCGUGCUCCUCAUGCCCUUGUCAUGACGUUUCUGUUCAGAAGCGGAAGUCUGAGAGAGAAGUUUAGAGCGAUAGCUCAGGCCACUUACACCCACUCCAGGAACUUGGCCUGCUUUGUGUUCACGUAUAAAGGUCUGCAGGGAAUUCAGCAGCAAAUACAGGGGAAGCAGCGCCAGUCUCACGCCUUCCUCGCUGCGUGCGUCGGAGGCUGGCUUGUGUUUGGAGAAAAUAACAACAUAAACAGCCAGAUAAACAUGUACCUGCUCUCCAGAAUCCUCUUUGCUUUGUCUCGAUUGGCUAUGGAAAAGGGCUACAUCCCCCAACCCAAGAGAGAUCCCUUCCCACUGUUUGCCACACUGGUGUGGGGUAUUGUGCUCUGGCUGUUUGAGUAUCACCCUCAUACACUUCAACCCUCCCUUCAGUCGUCCAUGAAUUACCUUUAUCACGACAGCAACACAUGGCAUGAUAUUUCAGACUUUCUCAUUUAUAACAAACCCAAAACCAACUAAACCCACAGGAGACCUCAGAACGGUCUUCCGCUUGUGUAAUUGAAUAGUUUAAUUACCGUGACUUUCACUUUUUUAAUGAGACAAAUGAAGUUUGAAUGUAUGUAGCCUUGGCUGUUUUCAAAGUUGUAUAACCACGACCGGUUAUCGUAAGUGAAGCUAGAGUCCUGGAGGGUUAUUGUUCUACAGAAUUUAGGCCAAAACAUGAAUUGUGCUUGUUUAGUGUGGAGCUAAACCCUCCAAAAAGGUGAGUUUCAGGACUGGAAUUUGACACACAUGAGAGCAUGCCCUGAAGUAAUUUUGACUGUUGUAGAUUGUAUAGAGUGCAGCAGACUGGCUUUCAUCACACAACACUAUUUAAACACUUGCACAUUGCCCUAUUUCAAUUUCGUUAAAUCUUCAUGUGUGUUAUGACAGCUGUUAUAAAGUUCAUCUCACAGAAAGCAGGUCUUCGGUUAACACUGAAAGAUUUAUUGUUUAAAUUGUAAUUAAGUCAUAUAUUAUAAUAGCAUUUUGAUUUUUUGGGUGAAAUAUGAGCCAGGCAUGUUAGUAUUUCAUCAGAUUCAUUAAGACAUCUUCUGAACUAAAUAAAUAUGGGGGAUCUGUCAUUCGUGGUUUGGAUGUCAUAUUGUCAUGUUAUGUCAACAAUCAAUCAAAAAAAUCCUUCAAAUAUCUCCUAAACAAUGAUAUACAGUAAUUUGUUGAUUUGACUGUAAUAAUAAUACUUUUAACAUAGUCCAUAGUUUACGUCACACUCUCAUCACAGCAUCAGUGUGGAUUUUUUAAAUUAAAUUAACGGACAAUUGUAUACAUAACUACAAUUUAUGAGUAUAUUACCAAUGGUGUGGAUUUGAGUUGAGAAUGUAUUUUCUAAUUGAAUAAAAAGAUUGGAAAAAUGA